GUUUAUUCUCAGAGGACACUGAUGCACACAACAUAACAAGGCUCUCCCUUUCUCCUCCCCUCUCUCUCACUCUCUCUCUCUCGCUUUCUCCUCUCUCUCUCUCUCUCUUUCUCUCUGUAUGUCUAUCUCUCCCGAGGUUCUCUCCUCUCUAUCCAGUCUCCCCUCCUCUGCUCUGCACCUGCUCCUCCCCUCCUGCCUUAUUAUCCUCAGACUCAGAGCAGCGCUCCGUCCUCGCCAAGUGAUGCUCCUCGGCGGGGCGGCGCACAUCGGUGGGUUAUCACCGCCCGCUGCAAGGAGGGCAGCUCCGGCUUGUUUUUGUCCUCGCACUAAACGACGGCUGGAUAUGGGAAUGUGACGGGGCUUGCGAGAGAGUGAGCCGGAGGAGGGUAGAAACGACGAAGAAGCACUCAAGUCCCAUCCGAGAGAAGAGAGGGAGGAGGAGGAGGAGGGGGACUACGGGGAAACGGUCCCGUUGGGACGGGGGACGCAGCGGAAGGUUUUGUGCUUUAGCCCCAUAGUUUGAAAUAGACUUGAGAUGCUGGUUUUUGUUGUUUGGUUGUGAGGAAUUAACCACAGGAUUAAAAGGACCGGGUUCUUGGAGUUGCGUUCGGUCGGUCGGGGCUUUUCUGUUUGUGAUGGGAGUGAGUGAGAGAGAGGGCGCACGGUAACUUCAGCCUCGCCAUGAAAUCAGUGUUUUUCAGCCGCUUCUUCAUCCUGCUGCCCUGGGUCCUUAUUGUCAUCAUCAUGAUCGAUAUCGACAGUAAAAGGACGAUCCGGACUCCGGCGGCCGGCCGGACCGGCAGGACGCAGCGUGCACCCCGGACCGGCGCACCGGGAGUCGGCAUCACCCAGAACCAAUCUGCCCUGCCGGUUAUCUACGCCAUCACUCCGACCUACACCCGUCCGGUGCAGAAAGCGGAGCUGACCCGGCUGGCCCACGCCUUCCGCCAGGUGCCCCGGUUCCACUGGAUCGUAGUGGAGGACUCUACGACGCGCACGGAGCUGGUGGCGCGCUUCCUGGCCCGGUGCGGCGUGCCGUACACACACCUGCAUGUGUUCACUCCCCGCAGGUUCAAGCGCGCCGGGAUGCCACGCGCCACCGAACAGAGGAAUGUGGCUCUCGCGUGGCUCCGGCAGCACCGGAACAAGCGGGACACCGGGGUGGUUUUUUUCGCGGAUGACGACAACACCUACAGCCUGGAGCUGUUCGAAGAGAUGCGCAGCACUCGAGGUGUGUCAGUUUGGCCUGUGGGAUUCGUGGGUGGCCGGUCGUACGAGCGCCCCUUGGUGUCUGGGGGUAAAGUUGUGGGCUGGUACACCGGCUGGAGACCGGACAGACCCUUCGCCACUGACAUGGCAGGUUUUGCAGUGAACCUCCAGGUGAUCCUGGCAAACCCGCGGGCGCUGUUCAAGCGGCGCGGCUCCCAGCCCGGGAUGCAGGAGUCCGACUUCCUAAAGCAGAUCACCAAGGUCAACGAGUUGGAGCCCAAGGCCAACAAUUGCACCCGGGUGCUGGUUUGGCACACUCGCACAGAGAAACCGCACCUUGCAAAUGAGCCCAAACAUCGAAAGGACACUGUGGUCAUUGAGGUGUGAGAGGACGAGCUGAGCGGGGAAUCCGAAAGCAGAAGCUGGUUGUGGCUGCCCAUUAUCUCUUGGCUGGGUUUAAAGACAGCAUCCUGCCUUCUCUCCUUAUCGGGUUCAUACAAUCUGUUCACGACACACACACAGACUCAGAGGAGCUGCAUGAUUCAAGACUCGUGACUGUCUGUCAAACGUGCUUUGUGAGAACCGGAUGGCACCGGAUAUGUUUGUUUUACAAACUUGAGAUGACUUGGACUUUUCAUUUUUUCCAUCCACAGCUUGCUGAUGUAAAAAAGUGAAAUUGAACUAGAAAUUUAAAAAGAAAAAACAAAAAAAAACAUCAUUUGGAAUUAUUAAUGUCAUUUUUAAUCAUUAAUGCUUCAUUGUCAAAUUAACUGUGUUGCUGUGAUAUAAUUACCAUAAACACGGCUUGUGGUCCAGCAUAUGUUUUAUGACAGUGGUAUUGUGAUUCCGGUGUUUGUGAAAGUAAAAGGAACUUUUAACAUUUUGGGAAAUAUGCUUAUUUGCUUUCUGAAAGUGACAUGAAAAGAUUGGUGUUAAUUUCAUGUGUUAGAUGGAGAUCUGGAAUCAGGAAGUGGUUAGCUAGCUUAGCUAAAAGACAGGAAGCUAGUCAGGACUGCUGUAAAGCUCCGCUUAAACUGAUAUCUCAUUAAAUUAACCUAUAUGAAUACAGAUGUAAAAAUAACAAUUUAUGGUUUUAAAGGGACUAUUUGUAAAUUUUCUCUGCCACUGAACGUGGUUUCUUGUCUGGAGCAGGUGGUGGUGAUUGUUGCUUGACAAAAGAUUUGGCCGUUGUUGUCUUAAUAAUACAAGAGGUUAUAAUAACCCCUCUGAGCAGCGCUACGUCGUCAGGUUGAUACAGGCUAGGGCUAGCUGGUUAGCAUGCUAACCUCAGUAGAAAAAAAGACAUGAUAAAACAAGAGUUAACAAUAGUGUUGCUUUCCAAUCUCUGGAGACAGUUCUUGGUGAGUAAAGGAAUUAAGUUUGAUGCUUAACUCACAGCAUUUUUCUAGACCGGUAAUUAAACAGCUGUUAAUGCUAAUGUUAGCUAUGUAACAUUAGCAAAACUUACAAAUAACUCCUUUAAGGGAAGUUAUGUGGUGUAAUUAUUUAUUUGGGAAAAACAUCAUGUACCAGAAAUGCAACACAGUACAUGAACAACAUGUAACUUCCCAGUAAAAUCACAUUGCAUUUUUAACAUACAAGGUACAGUGUGUUAAUUAGCUUCAGAGCUAAGCUAGCUGUUCUCCCCUGCUUCCAGCCUCUACUCUAAACUAACCAUGUCCUGAUUCCAGCUCUGUAUCUGAUAAACACAACAUUAUCAGUUUUUCUCAUCUCACCCUCAGAAGAAGGAAAGUAAAUGUAUUUCCAAAAGUAUUAACUAUCUGUUUCAAACCAGACUUUCUUGUAACCCUCCACACCUCUCUCAGCGAGCAGAUUAAAAUGUUGAAAGGGAAUUUUUUUUCAUUGGCUUUUCAAUCCUUUUAUCACCUGCCAAAAGUUUUAGCUCCAUUUGUUCUGGAGGAACAGCACCUUCUUCAUGUCUUCAAGAUGUUGUGUACCUGUAAACCGCCAGUCAGACACAGACAGAAACAGCAUAAUUUCCCAGCUCUGGACUUCUCUGUUGACAUUAAUUAUAUUAAUGUCUCAAAGUUAAUGUGGUAAUGAUUUAUUGAUGCCUAAAUGCUGUGUAAUUCUGCUUUAAAUCACCCUGUACUGAUCAUAUAUAAUGAACUGGAGCAAUCUUUGCCGUCCUUCUCAUCCUGAAUGUAUGUGAAGUAUGUGAUCAGGCUCAGAUAUGGCACAUGUGAAGCAACACGCAACAUCUCUCCUGACAAACUGCCAUCAAUAAUGUAGCGUCUGUGGGCCGACAACAAAGAAAACCUGCCUAACAAGAAAACGCACCUGCCAGAGGAGGAAUAACAAGGACUGAAUUGAGUGGAUGGGAUAUAAACAACACAUCAGAUGGAUUCACAGCUCAAAUGUGUAAAGAACCAUUUUCUCCAGUGUGUUUUAACAGCAGCAUUGCGUUAACGCUGAAGUUUAGAGGAGACUGAACAUGUGUUGGUGUUUUGGUGUUACACACAGGAAAUAAAUACAGGAUUAAAUCCAG